AUGCCAGACGUUCUCACCAUCUCUUACAUCAAAAAUAAUCCAAAUUUCUAUAACUAUUGUGACCAACAAUUGGAAGAUGUGGUAGGAAUAGAUGAAUAUCAUUCAUUUACGGCUUGUAAAGGAUUAAGUGAUUUGGCAAAUAAUGAUCCACCUACCAAUUUUUCAAACAUAAACGGCAUAGGUAGAGACUUUGAUAAAUGGGCCAGAAGCAAAGAAUACAGGAGAUACAUCCAUAUUCCCAAAAAUCCAACUAAAAAUCCAGAAAAAGUCACCAAUGCUGAACACAAUCCUUAUGGCUAUACAAAAAUUCCUCAAGCACCUUGGGAACCCGCUGAUAUUUACACAGAGGACCCAACAUUCAAUGGGUUUCAAUCCAAACCAAUCAAUAGUAAUACUUGCCUGAAUAUUCAUAAUUUUAAAACUAGUCGAUUAUCUCCUUGUGCACGACGUGCUCAACAGAAAAUGACAAAAACAGAUACGCCAUUUAUUUUCACUAACAUUAACAUAAAA